AUGGUUCGAAUUGAUAGAGGUACGUUUUGUGUCUCAAAAAUCGACAUUUAUGAAGGUUUAGAUUUGAAACGAUGUUAUUUCUAUCGUUUAAAAGUUGAUGGCAAUGUUAAUGGCAGAGAACCGAUUAAUAUCCAAUCUGACUCUUUGGAAUUCCCGAAAUCUGCUUCUUGUCCAGACAUUAUUCGUAUGACCUUCAGCACCAAAGCGAAACAAUUGUUCAGUAGUUUUGCAGCCGUCAAUCCUUAUUUCCGGCCAAGGUCAUCUCGUCAAUCGUCUAGAGCAAGCAGUAAUCGACGACGAAGAAUCAGGUUGAAAAGAGCACAUUUCAAAGUAGUUAAUAAUGAAGCGGAUGUUUUGAAGUUGGAGCCGAGAAGCGGAUCGAGUCAGACAAAUAUCGCCCAAAUCUGAGCCGGAGCAUGUGAACGUAUUCUCAACGCCACAAACAAGAACAACAAGACGGCUUUCGGACAAUUCGAGAACGCCUGGAAACAGAGAGAGUUCCGAGUUGAUGCACGAACAUUUUCCAAAAGAAGAGACCGAUAUGAAGAAGAAGAAGAAGAGUAAAAGAUCAGUGUCGGCUCAAGUGAAACCAACGCCGAAAUCUUCUAAUGUAAGACACAGAGUCUUAUGAAAUUUCGCUUUUUUUAUCGCUUCACAAUAACGUUUUUCAGGGCGAACGCUAUAAAUCGCAAAAACUGGAGCACAAGAAAAAGAGACCGGCAACAAUAAGUGCGAAUUUCCGGAAAUUCAAGUCAAACGCAAACUUGCGAGUAGUUCCCAAAGAACCGCUCAUGAAAAAAGCGGUGAGUCUUUUGAAGUGUUUUGUUCUAAGAUGAUGAUUUUCGUCUGCGCUCUAUAAUAAUCCUUCAUUCAGGAGCAUCGCAAAACAAAGCACUUGAAUCCACCACGCUGGCGCCACGUUGGAGAUCGGAAUCGACAUCAUUACCGCGACAACAAAACCGCCCGCUCUUUUGUUUCUGAUCACUUCUUUUGA